AUGGCGGCCAACGCGAACGUGCAGACGCUCCGGCUCAGAGCGCGGACGGACGAGCCCAAGCCCCCGCCCAAGUCGCACCACACCGGCAUCCUCCAGGACCAGGUUCGCAGAUCCGCACGCGCACCAUGGACCCCCAGCUUUUCCAUGGCCGUCCGACUCCUGCUCCUUGUCCGGGUCAGCGCCGCCAUGUACUCCAAUAUUUCCGACUGCGAUGAAGUGUACAACUACUGGGAACCGCUGCACUACCUCGACAAAGGAUACGGCUUCCAAACGUGGGAGACCUCGCCCAAGUACGCAAUUCGUAGUUGGGCAUACAUUCUCCUGCACUUCCUCCCUGCUCGGCUAGCCGGGCUCAGCGGACCCUCCAAGAGACCAGCUUUCUUUGCGACCAGAAUCUUCCUCGCCGUGCUCUCCACGCUCUGUGAAGCCAAGUUCUACCGCACCGUCGUCGAGAAGAUCAACCUCCGCGUCGGCCGAUACCUCUUUUUCAUGCUCCUGUUCAGCGCCGGCAUGUGGAACGCCUCCGUUGCCUUCCUCCCCUCGUCUUUUGCCAUGUACGCCGUUACGCUCGCCUACUCCUUCGCCUUGGCUCCGCCGCGCAUAGCCGAUGCGCAGAGGACCUACUCAGCGACGGCGCUCUUCGCUGUCGGCGCCCUACUCGGCUGGCCAUUUGCCAUUGCCCUUGCCAUUCCGUUUGUGUUCGAAGAGCUCUUCGUACUAGGCGGAGAUCGCGUCAUCCAGCGCGACCGUAUGACCUGGUUCGCCGCGCGGUGGAAGCGACUCUUUACCGCCGGCGCUCUGGCCUCGGUCGUCCUCGUUCCCAUCGUCCUCGUCGACAGCUAUUUCUACGGCAAGCUUACCGUCACGCCCUGGAACAUUGUCUCCUACAACAUCUUCUCCGACCCCGCACGCGGGCCGGAGCUGUACGGCACAGAGUCUCCCGCGUUCUACUUCCUGAAUCUCGCCCUCAAUUUCAACCUCGUGCUUCCCAUGGCUCUGCUAGCCAUUCCAUCGCUCAUCCUGACGUACUACAUUGAUCGUAGGCGUCUGUAUACGCCCGGUGCCGCACCCGUCUCUCCGGACAUCCUUCAGAGCAGCGCGUAUACGGUCAUGGGCAUCCGCCUCUUGCCUGUGUAUAUCUGGCUAGGUAUCCUCACGGCACAGGCGCACAAGGAGGAGCGCUUCGUGUUCCCGGCUUACCCUCUCAUCUGCUUCAACGCUGCGGUGACGCUCUACCUCGUUCGCGGAUGGAUGGAGGUCGCGUAUGUUAAGGUGACGGGGUCUAGUUAUCAGGCAUCCAGGACGUCGAUCUUCCGCCUGACCACCCUUUCCGUCAUCCUAUACACCUCACUCAUCUCCCUCACGCGCAUCCUGGCGCUCUGGCAUUAUUAUCACGCCCCACUCUCCGUCGUGUUCCGCCUGGAAACGAACGAACUCCCGGCGCUGCUCAAUUCCGCCGGCCUGUUGCUGCCUACGUCAGCCUCUGCUCCCUCGCCGAUCCCAACGCCCUCUCCCUCGGUCAAGAAGAACGUGCCCUACUCUGAAGUGCGCAAGGCCGCCCAGGCGAAGGAGGAGGCUGACCGGCUCGCAGAGCAGGCCCGAGCCCAUCUAGACACGGCGCUCGUGCGGAAGAUGAACCUGACGCUCUGCAUCGGAAAGGAGUGGCACCGCUUCCCUGGACACUACCUUGUCCCCGAUGGCGUUGACGUUCAGUUCGUGCGCGGCGCGUUUGAAGGGCUCGUGCCCGGCAAGUUUGCGCCCGCCCCGGCCACGGACGUGUUUUGGAGCCGCCGCGUCGGCACCUCGCGCGUCCCGGAGGACCAAAACGACCUCAACAAGGCGGAGGAGAGCCAUUACGUCGACGUCGAUCAGUGCGACUACAUGCUCGACCUGUUUCUGCCGCACCACACGGAUCUCGACCCGCGCGAGCCACCGUACGCGAUCUCGGAGGCAUGGGAGAAGGCGCACUGCGCUCCGUUCCUGGAUGCGGCGCACAGCGCGACGCUGACGAGGACCGUGUGGCUGCCGAGCGAGCGGUGGCAGGCGACGAACGCAUGGGGAGAAUGGUGCUUGCUGCGGAGCAAGGGGCUCCAGCAGAAAGUGAAGCAGCGCGUAGCGAAGGCGAUUUGA